UAAGUCCCUGACCUUAGCAAUCUAUAGCAGCACUUGAAAACACAAUUCAUUUCCUUGUUUCCUUCCCAAUCAACACAUAGAACCAGAGUGCAAAGCUUUUGCAGUCAGCAAGAGAACCAAAAAAAAUCCCACACCAUGGAUUUGCUCCUAGAACUGAAAACCGCACUGGAACCGUUCCGCGAAACACUAUUGUUCACAAUCCCAUUGACUCUAUUGCUGCUGGGCAUAGUGUCCCGAAUCCGCAGAAAAACGGCGCCGUAUCCACCGGGCCCAAAAGGCCUCCCCCUAAUAGGCAACAUGAACAUCAUGAACCAGCUCACACACAAAGGCCUGGCCAACUUAGCGAAGCAAUACGGCGGCGUUUUGCACCUCCGCAUAGGGUUCCUCCACAUGGUGGCGAUCUCCAACGCAGAAGCGGCGCGUGAGGUUCUCCAAGUCCAAGACAACAUCUUCUCCAACCGCCCCGCGACAAUCGCCAUCAGCUAUUUAACCUACGACCGCGCCGACAUGGCUUUCGCGCACUACGGUCCCUUCUGGCGCCAGAUGCGCAAGAUCUGCGUCAUGAAGCUCUUCAGCCGCAAGCGCGCCGAGUCAUGGAACACCGUCAGAGACGAAGUCGACUUCAUCAUCCGUUCUGUUACGAACAACCUCGGAAGCCCCGUCAAUGUCGGAGAACUCGUCUUCAACCUAACGAAGAACAUCAUCUACCGCGCCGCGUUCGGGUCUAGUUCCCAGGAGGGGCAGGACGAGUUCAUUUCGAUUCUUCAGGAGUUCUCGAAGCUCUUCGGGGCUUUUAAUGUUGCAGAUUUCGUUCCGUUUCUUGGGUGGGUUGAUCCUCAGGGGCUCAACAAGAGGCUUGUGAAGGCACGUGCCUCGCUGGAUAGCUUCAUUGACAAGAUCAUCGACGAGCACGUGCAGAAGAGGAGGAGUGGCCACGACGGCGAUGAGGAAAGUGACAUGGUUGAUGAGUUACUGAAUUUUUAUAGCCAUGAGGCGAAGCUGAAUGAUGAGUCCGACGAGUUGCUCAACUCCAUCAGCCUCACCAGGGACAACAUCAAAGCCAUCAUCAUGGACGUGAUGUUUGGAGGAACCGAAACUGUUGCGUCGGGAAUUGAGUGGGCAAUGGCGGAGCUAAUGAGAAGCCCAGACGACCUACGGCGCGUGCAGCAAGAACUCGCCGACGUGGUGGGCUUGGACCGGCGCGUGGAGGAAUCAGACCUCGAAAAGCUCGUAUAUCUAAAAUGCGCUGUCAAGGAGACGCUGCGGCUGCACCCACCUAUCCCGCUGCUCCUCCAUGAGACUGCGGAGGAUGCGGCGGUGUGUGGUUACCACGUGCCGAAGGGCUCGCGCGUGAUGAUAAACGCGUGGGCCAUAGGGCGGGACAAGAGCGCGUGGGAGGACGCGGAAGCGUUCAAGCCUUCGCGGUUUCUGAACCCGCACGUGCCGGAUUUCAAAGGGAGUAACUUUGAGUUCAUUCCAUUCGGGUCGGGUCGGAGAUCCUGCCCCGGAAUGCAACUGGGUCUUUACACGCUGGAACUGGCCAUGGCACACUUGCUUCACUGCUUCACAUGGGAGUUACCAGAUGGAAUGAAACCCAGCGAGUUGGACACGAGUGACGUGUUCGGACUCACCGCGCCCAGGGCGAGUCGACUCGUCGCAGUCCCAUUUAAGCGCGUGUUAUGCCCUCUCUAAUAAAAGAAAAAAAAGUAUCGCAAGUUUACGAAUAACGGCCUCGAAGGGCUUCACCAAAGUAUAAAAAGAACAUGGCGGUGAAGUGCUUCGGGACUUUAAGGUUGUUUUUUCUUCUUCUUUAAUUGAUGUUUUUCAUUCCUCAAUUGUACGUGGGUGAUCGUGUCUGGAGGAGAACCCAGUUAUUGUAAAGAAGACAAGGGGAUAUUAGGUUAAGUUUUCUGUUGAUUAUUGUAAAGACGAUUUGAUCUACGUGCGGAAACAUCAUUAUUGUUGGGUUCACUUGGUUGUA